CGAAAUACGACGAGAGCGCGCGUCUUUGUACGCGGCGCUUUUUUUGCGCGAAACGGCCGAGCGUUAUACCCUCCGCGGUGGACAUUUAAAUCGAAGUCAUCCGGUCCCUUUAAACGAUUGUUUUAGUUCCGGAUCACAUUGGUUCGACUCCCUGAUCCAUCUAGUUCUACAAUCAUGGCACAGUUUUGAUCGCAGGGACGAGUAAUUGUUUGGAGGGGGAUUUUUCGAGGUCCACUAUGUCCGCGUAGCGGAAGCCUACUUUGUGCUGGGCGCCGGCUGCUGGCGGUGCGGGCCACAUCGCGUCGAGGGAUGAUGAUCUCCACGCGUCAGGUGGACUUCGUUCACCCGGAGAUGACCAGCGGAAGCUUCAAGACACCCACGGCCAAGGAACCAGGAGGAUCGCGGCGCUCAAUCGUCAAGCCGGGCCAGCUGCCGGCGGCUGCCAUUGUGAUGGACGAGUACGGACAGACUCCCGACCACUUCUACCUGGCCCGCAAUCCGGCCAAGCCGCCCGCCGAGAGGAACCAGGUCAAGCGCCGGCUAGACAUGGAGUCCCCUGAGCCGUUUGCCUUUAAGGCACCAGCGGCAAAGAAGGGCCGUCUGGCCAGCUCAGCAGGAAGCCAACUUCGCAAAGGUGGGGAACGCAACCGGUAUGACACAUCCCUUGGUCUCCUCACAAAAAAGUUCAUCCAGCUUCUGAAGGGUGCAACAGAUGGGGUGGUGGAUCUGAAUAAAGCGUCAGAGCUACUAGGCGUGCAGAAGCGGCGCAUCUAUGACAUUACUAACGUGCUAGAGGGAGUUGGCCUCAUCGAGAAGAAGUCCAAAAACAACAUCCGGUGGCGGGAGGGGCGUGGAGCAGCCACUCUGAACGGCAGCAGGCAGCGCGUCUUGCAGCAGGAGAUUGAUGAGUGCAUCAAGAUGGAACGUGAGCUGGACGAGCUCCUGGAGGGAGCAGCGUCUGACCUGCGAGGGCUGACCGAGCAUGAUGAUCGAAGGCAUGCUUAUGUAACGUACCGGGACCUGCGAAGCAUCAACAGCCUGGCCGACCAGACUGUGAUAGCUGUCAAGGCACCUCCCGAGACACGCCUGGAAGUGCCUGAUCCUCACAAGGGCCUGCAGAUAUGGCUCAAGAGUGACAAAGGGGAGAUCGAGGUGUACCUGUCCAACCCUGAAGAUCCCGUGGGACUAAUCGGUUGCGAAGCAGACAUCCCCGCUACCAGCUUGCCUUCAUUGUCGUCUUCAGGGGACUACGAGGAAGCGGCAGCCCAAUCUGCAUCUGGAGGACCCUCUACGGAGGAGGUGUGCCUAAAGCGAGCCCUCAUCUCGGAAGAGGACGACCUCGGGCCAAUGGGCGGCCGACAGCUGCUGCUGCAAACUGAGGACCAGCUGCUAGCAGACAGCUUUGUGCAACUGGAGCCCCCUCUUUCCGAGGAGGACUACGCCUUCACUCUCGACCAGGCUGAGGGCAUUGCUGACCUGUUCGACGACUACGACUUUUCCGACCUCUGCCCCCCGUCCAAGUGAUGGCGUGUCUCUCCUUUAUGAUUCCAAUCUACCCCCCCGACUCUGUCUGUCUGUGCCGACAAGUACAAAAAAACAGGCGCUGUGCCGUUGCCGGCUCUUCCCCCGGUGACGCCCUUCUCCCCUCUCCCUCUCCACAUAGCACUGCCACAGCAUGCACGUGCACGCAUCGUUUCCUACUCGUGCAUAAAUGCAGGUGGCCAACAUAGUGUACAGUACUGUCGAUGGGAAAUCAAACGUGUUGAGCCUAUGUUGGGGUUUCUAAGUGAUUCUCCGCCACAUGUGUGUGUGUGUGACCCUGUCUUUUCCUGGUAUCUGUUGUUUGUGUCUGUGUGUUGAGUCUGUUGUUUGUUUGUUUUGUUCAUUUUCUACUCUGCUGUUUUAUAUUUAUGCUUUUGACAGAUAGUUUUUAGACCGCGUCCUCUCUUGUUCGAGGAUGAACUGUGGUGUUCUUUUGCUUGGCUUAUUGUGGGGCGCAUCAGCAGAAAGAUAUACAUCAAUUGUCUACUCGCUGGUGCUGCCUCUGGAAUGAAGUUUUACUAAAUGUAUCUUAGUCGUGUUUAAAGGGACACUAAAGGUUAAUAUUAAGUCAACGUGGACUGUUGAAAUACCACCCCAGAAGCCUCGAAACGCUUGUUUCGUGCGAAGAAGAGACUUAUUUUAAGAGAAAAUGCAUUCUGAAGCGUCCGCGUAUCUCUAGCGCAGUUCAAAUCACCCGCCCUCCGAUCGAGGAGUAUUGACGUCAUGGUCUCUUAGUGACGUUACGCCGUCGGUGAGUAAAACGGCUCCUCCAGACGGCGCUACGGCUUUUCUGCACAAAACGCAAACGCGCGGCCACAAACAGAGCCAAGACAGAGCCGACAGCAGCGCGAAAGCGGAACUGUGGUGGGUAGUGGAAGGGAAAGCUCAUGACGAUAAGCUAGUUCUUUAUUUUAUGACGCCAACUUCGACGCUCGUUGCAAUGGAUGACCCUGACAACAACACAUUAGCUCACGAUGCUGGGCUCGAGUUCAGCGAUUUAAGCACUGAUGAACGUGACCUGCUGUUGAGGGCUCGCGCUGCCGGCGUCGUUGCGUACUACUACGACGACGGCCUGCUUUGAAAGGCACGUCACGUGACUUCAGUAAGUCGGCGUUGAACUCGUAAUCCUCUGGAUGAAAGUGCAGCGAGCACACUACGGGAUUUUUCAGCCCUUUGCCAGCGCGCUGUGGCAGAGGUACGGCACUUAACCACUCUGAACGGAGAGGUUCACUCGUUGGCACACAGUGAUAAGUAACGUUGGAUUUGCUGCUGCAACUGCCUUUGGCCAAGUUUCACGGACCGUUCGCGCAUCCCACGACAUCACAUGGACGUGGCAUUCUCGCUGCUUGUUCCAAAUUGCAAAUGCAAAUUUUGCGAGCCAUCAGGACCACCGCAGCACGAGGCAAUAAAGAAACAACUGAAACUCAAAAGCGCGGGGCGCAAAGUCGAGCGCGCAGAGUCGAGCGAAAGCGAAACCUUUCGAUCACCCAUGCUAUUCAAGGGUAACGUCAAAAUUGUUUUUCUUAGAAUCAAAUAGAAGUAGACAAGUAGCAUUUUCUUCCGUCUUAUAAUCUAAUGAAAUUAUCUUUUUAAUACGUGUAGUUGAGUACUAGUGACAAAUUAUGAUGAGAAGUGCUUUCGUCAUUGGAUUAGUACCGGAAUGUCGCUGGGGGGUCUCAAAUCGUGUCAUGCAUUUACCUCAAUUUCUCGGUUACUAAAGCUCUGUUUGCGAUUAUAUUGAUGCCUUAGACAUUCUAGAGCAUUGCUUUAUCACUUUAACUUGACUUUCCGGUAACCUUUAGUGUCCCUUUAAGGAACCCGUUUGCUGUUGAUGUGGUGCUGCAUCACCAAGUGUUGCAGCUUGGUGGAAGUCUUCAUGUGCGUGCCUGUGCUGUGAAGAAGUCUUGCCGUUGUUGCCUUCGAAAGCACACAAGCUCACGCAGCCUACAUGUGUAGUUAGAAAACAGCUCGGCUGCAGCAGAAAGCAUGAACAUUAUUUUAGUGGAAUGUUUGUGCAAUUUUGCGUUUCUGUGCUUUUAUUUAUCUUUCUUUGGCCACAUUAGGGGCAUUACGAAGGAGGUUGCCAUCUGCUCUCUGGUGAUGGUUGCAGAGCCGGGUUGACUCAGUCAUUUUAGUCUUAUAUUUUGUGCCAUUAGUAUGGCAUUGAAACAGGGACGUUUUGAAAGCUGCAGGUACUUGGUCUUGCUGUUUGAAUGUAUUAUUUUCCAUUCAAGGUGCUAAUAUGAUGGUGCAGUCAGCUUACAUAGCGAAAUGAUGGUACUGUCUUUCAUCAUUGAAUUUUGAUUUUUUUAGCAGCAUAAACAUUUCGGUAGGCAACAUGGACUUUUAGUUACUGCUGCUUUCAAUUGUAUAAAGCUUUAUUUAUCACUUUGUCACUUUAAGAUUGGCUGACGGCAGUGCUGCCUUGGUGCUGAAAGGUCAGAAUCUUGUUUGUGCGAGCAGGGGCAGGGAUUAGGGAUUUCCAAUGAUUCCUUUUUGAGAAGCAGUGACCUGUCACAUUGCUAAUAAGUCUUGUUCUAUAGCUCUAUCAGUGCCAUCAGCUUACUGCUGCCAAAAAAAAGAAGUUUGCAAUCUUUCAUUUCACAGGUACAUGAAUAUUUUGAAAGCUGGCAUUUUAGUACCUCUGGAAUAGCUCACUUAUGAGCAGGCAGCAGUAAAGGAGUCACAGUUUUAGAAGGAGCUCAGAAUUUGAAGUCACUAUUCACAGAGAAAUUGAAAGAGAAGUGAAAAGGCACUGUGUAAGCAGGUUGCGUCCUUUUAUUUAGGCUGCUGGCUACCUAGCGAGUUUAGAUAAAAUUGAUGCUUCUUGCUUGCUGAUAGCGCUGGAACUAGUUAAGGUUUGGUACAGGUUAGGGUUUGUCAACACAGAGAUACAUCUGCCUUGAAGCUGCCUGUGGGCAUGAGUGAUCCCUUGGCUCUUGAGACAGAUACCCUUGACGUGUAUGCCAUAAGAUAACUUUCAAAACUACACUGAGGUGGCUGUGUUUAAGUUCAGCUCCACUAUGUUUUUAUGUGAAGAGUCUAUUUCUAAGUCAGGCCUUGUGUGCCAUGGUGCCCACACGUGGCAGCAGUUUGAACAGUCAUUAAUGCAGGCUUCGCUUGUGCUCGUGGGAUCUGUGGUAACUGGUCCAGCCCUAUUGCAGAUGUGAACCUGUAAACGCAGCAGCAGCCUGAAAAAGAAACUUUCGUUUAUGAGCGCCUUAAUGCUGUUUUUAGGACUGUCUGAAAGAACAACCUGAUCACCAUGUGCUCAGCACUAAUGCUAGUUUGGUUAAGGUUAAAUUAGUGGUGCAUUUCUGCUUGAUAGCGUGGAGUACGCAGCGGUUUCCUUUAGCAUUGCCAUGCUUCAUACGUUAGCAUAGCAGCUUGGGCAGUAACUUGAGCUGCUUACCCAACUGUAGCCGGAGCGCAGCGCACAAUUCGAUGUCACUUUUCUCUGUGUGCACUGGGUGCAAAUUGAAAUUGUUGGUCACACAUCAGGGUGUGAGGAAUGCUGUAAAUGAGUGCAUGCAGAAAGAUGUUACGCAAGUGUGCUCAUAACAUAGGUAAACCUCGCUCUCUUCACUUGGCAAACUUAAAUGCUCGGUGCCUGCGACAUGCUGAAGGAAUGGAGGCAGUAUGCUGUGUUCUGCCUCCCGUAAAGUGUCCUUUGUCGCAGUGCAUUUAAUGUGCCAUCACGCUCUUCUUCAAGUUGGUCCUCGGUUGCCUUCCUGCUUUGCGUUAAGAAGGCUGUUAACACUGAAGGUUCACCUAUGUGACGAGAGACAGCUUGCUAUCCGAAAACUUUUGUUUUGCACGUGCAGAGCACAGGGGGCAUUUGCAAUGGAGUUUCUGGCAGUUCUGGCGGCCUCCAACAUUCCUCAGUUUUUGAUGCAUCGAGACAUUGCCGGCAUGGCACUGAUAUCCUCACAGCAGCCUGGGCUGCAUGGCCUUUUAAGAAGUGUUGUGUGCCUUUGCAUGAACUGCAGCGUGGCAAUGAGCGUGUGUGGAAUGUGAGGUGUGAGAGUUUGCGGGUGUGCUUGGAGGUACUCGUUCCCCGAUUGUAUUGUGGGAUAGUGGAGCCUUCAGUGUGUUCCUCUUUGAGUGUUUGUGUGAUUUAAGAAGUAUUCCUCGUGCCUGCCCUCCUUCCCCAGUGACGUGUGUGCCGAGCUCUCGGUCGACACUUGUAGGAGAGAAACUGUGAACACGGGGAAGAGGCUUGCCUAUUUUGACGUGAAGCCUGUUGUCUGACUAGGGCAAUACCUCCAGCGCACUUGUUCAGGUGUGCGAUGCGAACUGCCAUUACGAAGCAAGGUAUUAUAUUUUGCAACAAGAACUGGUGUUCAUUGUACAUAGCAUGUAACAUAUAUUUUUCACUUUUUGUAGGUAUUUUGUGUAUGUGUUUGCUAUGAAAUGUUGACAGUUUUUUUUUUUUUUAGAAGGUUGAAUUUGGGUCGUGUGACGCUACACAAGCAGCUGCAUGGGCUAGCUUGUUGCUGUUGCCAAAUAAAACUUCGUUUUAUAUACAGUA